GAGAUCUCUGCAAGUGCAAAAAAUAUUUGAAACUUCAUAUCAAUGAUUCAGAAGUUUGAGAAGAAAUGCAGAUUCUAAAGUCUAUGGUCUACUCCUAAUUCUUUCAUAAUGUGGUCUCCUGAAUUCUGAUUCAACUGCAGGUAUGUUUUCUUAAUGUGACUGUGAUACUGUGCCUUUCAUCAAUUUAUGUUCUCAAAUUGCACUUUCUUUUUUCCUAACUUAUCCAAGCCUGUAAUGUUCUGCUGAUGAAUCUUGGCUAAGUUUCAGUUUGCUAGAUCAUUUCCUUUUAUCAUAUUGACAUCUUAUCUUUUGUCAAGUCAUAUUUUCAUGACUUGCGCCUUCAAUUCCUGUUGCUGUUAGAAAUUUCUUGUUAAGCAUUCCCCUUGAAAUACAAGUGCUAUAUCCAGGGUUUAUGCUGAAAAUUCAGAAAUCCAGGAGCCAUUAGGUGGAUAUUAAUUCAGGUUCAUGUGGCUGGAAGUACGUGUUACCUAGCAAUUUAUAUACUUGUGUUUUCAAUUGUCAAGCACAUGAUUUGCAUUGGGCCUAAAUGCUAUAAAGUAUUUAAAAACAAAAGGUCAUUAAUGAUAAUAGUCCAAAAACAAUGAUGGAGGUUGGACUUAAAAAAGACUAGAAAACUCCAACUAAUGUAUAGGAAACUCUUCUCUCUAGGUUUUUAUGUACACGCUUCUACAUUGUGGGACCUGAGCCUUGAGCCUUCAUCUUGGUGAAGGAAGUGUGAACUGGUCUUUAGUCUCAGAUGGAAACAAGUGGCAGGGAUUUGGGGUUUUCAUAUUUUUCUAGAGAAGCUUGUGGCUUUUCUUUUAUAUCCAAUGCCAAUCCAUAUAAAUAAACAACUAUGAAAUUAAACCUUAGGAUCAGGAUGAUGGCAUCUUUAUUAUAUGUAAGCAAAUUAGGUAUGUCGUUGAUUCUUUUUUCCAGUGCCUCAGAUGAUAAUUUUUCUUGAGAUGAAUGAUUGUAAUAUGAACUGGUUCUGGAGAAUUAUUUCAAUUUUGUUUGUUUGCUUUUGCUGGACCUAGGUAGUCUGCUGGCUGUGGGCUUCUUUAAAAAUUAUAACUUAUACCUUCUUUUUCUCAAUACUUCAGCUCCACUGGAGCAGUUAGUGCAAGUUAUCUUGCUUUUAGAUUUCAAACAAGGAUCCUAUGGCCUCUCACUUGAGACUAAUUCAACUUAUCUUUCUUUUUCUCAAUAAAGUUGGCUUGCUCACAAAUCAGCUUGCUUAUCCCUCAAACUGCAAUUUAAAGACAAGGAAAAAGGCCAUGUGUAUAACAUUUGGGAACUCAAAAAGUGGCAUAUUCUCUGAGUUGUGUUCACAUUGAUUCUGUAGCAGUUGUUUGUCAUAUGUGGAGACAACAUUGAGAUGUCAAAUUGUCAAAUAUGGUUACUUGGCUUCAAGUUUUAACAGCUUUGUGCGGUGGGGUUCUUUGGCUUCUGAUUGUGGAAAUCCACCUGUAGUCAAAUAGAAAUCCUCUAACACUUGCCUGUAUAUGCGCAAAGAUAUGUUGUCCCUAAAGGUGUUCCAAAUCUUGCUUAGGAUUGUUGGAUGUGAGAUUAGACAGGUACCAUUGGACCAUAAUUGCAAUUAAGUAAUGCCUAUGUAGUCAUUGACCUGGCUAUGUGCCCACAGCCUCCUCAAAACACGUUUUUCAGUAUAAAAAAUCAUUGCUUCAGGGCUAUGCUUUGAACCUGUGAAGAAGUUGAGUGUGUAGGUCCAUUUCAGCUCCCUUUUUCCAGUAGCUUGUGAAGAAGCGUGCCUGGCAUGCGUUCUUCUUAGAAAGUGGCUUUGAAAAGGUAAAAAGGGAAGCUUCUUUCUCUUACUCCACUUUCCACCCUUUUGAGAGUCAUAUAAAAAUGUGCAAAUGUUCCCUUUUUUUCCUUUUGAUUAAGUAUAUUUGGAGGAGAACUUAAUGAACAGAUUCUGUUGAAUUGAGCCACUUGGGAUUUAUAGUCUAAAUUGUCAGUUCUUCCGGCAUUCGAUCUUCCAGUGAUGCAAGUCGGUUCAGAUAAAGGUGGAUGCUACCAUCCACUUCCUGAUUCAGAAUCUUCUUCACCUUCAGAAGCUUAUCCAAAAAACGAGAGAAGAAACAAAGUAGGUUGCAAGGAAGCUGCUGAAGGUGGAUCCCAAGAACACAUCGCACUACAGGGUGUUUCAGCUCAUAGAAAGAGACUCAUUAACAAGUACGCUUUUGGUGGUGCGAUUCUGGCCUCCACAAACUCUGUUCUCUUGGGCUACGAUAUCGGGGUGAUGAGUGGUGCAGUGCUCUACAUCAAGGACAACCUCAAGAUCUCAUCAACACAAGUGGAGAUCUUGGUGGGUUGCCUUAAUGUCUGUUCAUUGAUUGGAUCACUUGCUUCCGGCAGAACAUCUGAUUACAUUGGCAGACGUUAUACCAUUAUUUUGGCUGCAGUCACAUUCCUUAUUGGUGCACUUCUGAUGGGAUUUGCACCAUCGUUCAUAUUUCUCAUGGCUGGAAGGGUAGUAGCUGGCAUUGGCGUUGGCUAUUCCUUAAUGAUUGCUCCAGUCUAUACCGCAGAGCUCUCCCCAGCCAUGACUCGAGGCUUCCUAUCUUCCCUUCCUGAAGUCUUCAUUAAUAUAGGAAUUCUACUCGGUUAUGUCUCCAACUAUGCUCUAUCGAGUCUUCCUGAUAAUAUGAACUGGAGACUGAUGCUCGGACUUGCAGCUUUGCCAGCUAUAAUUGUUGCUUUAGGUGUCCUGGCGAUGCCUGAAUCCCCUCAUUGGCUUGUAAUGAAAGGCCGGUUUGGUGACGCAAAGCAGGUUUUGAUAAAAACAUCAGAAUCAAAGGAUGAAGCAGCAUUGAGAUUAGCUGAAAUGAUAAAGUCUGCUAAGGACUUGACCGAAAGUGCUGCUUCAAGCAAUUGGAGUGGGAAGGGUGCUUGGAAAGAGUUAUUGUGUAGACCAUCUCGGCCCAUUCGCCGUAUUCUGAUUGCUGCAAUUGGAGUCAACUUCUUCAUGCAGGCUUCAGGCAACGAUGCUGUUGUGUAUUACAGCCCUGAAGUGUUCAAGGACGCUGGAAUCCAAAGCAGGCAACAAAUUGUAGGUGUUACAGUGAUCAUGGGAUUAGCCAAAACAUCCUUUGUUUUUGUUUCAGCCCUUUUUCUGGACCGAUUUGGGAGGCGACCCCUCUUGUUGUUAGGCUCGACUGGGAUGGCUGUAUCACUGGCUUCCCUUGGGGUGGGCUCAAAGUAUCUAGAGCAGUCAGAUAGCAAGCCUUUGUGGGCAAUUGUAUUGUGCAUAGCGGCUGUAUGUGCUGUUGUAUCAUUCUUUUCAAUUGGGCUUGGGCCAGUCACAUGGGUGUACUCUUCAGAGAUAUUUCCAAUGAGGUUAAGGGCCCAAGGUUCAAGCUUGGCAAUAUCAGUUAACAGAUUGGUAAGUGGGAUUGUGGCCAUGACAUUUCUAAGCACUUCCAAGCUGAUCUCAUUUGGAGGAACAUUUUUUGCACUAGCAGGAAUUAUGGUAGUGGGUACUGUUUUCUUUUAUUUAUUUUUGCCUGAAACUAAAGGCAAGACCUUGGAAGAGAUUGGUGUUCUCUUUGAAGAUAAAAUUCCUGAUGAUCAAAGACACUUCGUUGCUUAACUCAAAAACAUAUGCAGUUUCAAUUCCCGACGCCUUUCAAAUUUGGAAGCAAAGGAGGCUUUGGUUACACAUAUAGAUUGGGGUGUGAUGAAGCUGUGAAGCCAGGGAUUAUUGUUGCUUUGUGGAGUCUCAUGUUGGAAUUCCUGUAUAAGCUGGAACCGGGAACUUGGAAGAGCAAAACACCUGGUUUGGAUAAAUACAUGUGCUGAGAGGGUUCUUAUUUUCCAAUAAAUUCAGCACACAGCUUCUCUGGUCUGAAGCUGAAAAUAUUGCUUUUCCAUCCCACCUUGACUUAGUUUUGCAUGUCCAUGCUUUCAUGUUCAACUUUCCUAUGUCAGAACCUUAAUCCAUGUAAUGUUUGGAAAAAAUUCAUGGAA